AACCAAACCACAUCUCUCAGGGCCGCGCUGCGAGUCCUGCUCUAUCCUCUCUCCAGCAACAUUAUUUUGCUGUGGUAGAGACAGAAAAUCUACUUCCUCUUGUACUUGCUUCACCGGUUUCACACAAACCCUCUUUCAUGUCAACGUAUCAGCUCAACUAUCAACUCAACACCGAUCCAGACGACUAUCUUCUGGAGUUUCAUCCUUCGGGGCCCAGCUUUAACCACUAUCGCCGAGAAUUUCGCCGAAUUCAGAACGAGAACAAACCACCAGACGCAGAAACCGAGGACGGCAUCUCAGAAGACGACUCUACUCCUGAGCCCUAUUCCCCUCCCCCUUCCCCUUCUCCUCCCUCUAGCAUUGUCACCAUGGACCUCGAGAUAAUGGACAUGGCCAGGGACGUGAACCAAACGCCGGUUCACACGCCGAUACAGCGGCGGGCCAGGAGUCUUGAACCCUCCAUCAGUCGCUUGUCCAUGAACACGCCCAAUGAGCGUUAUCGCCAGAAUCCCCAUUACCCCCAUUCCUCCAUCAACACUCCAGCUCCUCCCACUCCUCAUGCCAUGGCCGCUCGCAGAGCCCUUGAAGACCGCCGCAUAGCCAUGUUUACGCCUGGUCGAACCCGUCGCCAGAGCCUCAGGGAGCAAAGGGAGACGCCUAUGCUGAUCCUGCGCAACCUUGGUCGAGCUCUGGCUCCCACCAGCAAAGUCAUUGAUUCUUCUUCUUCCCCUGAAAAGCCUUCUCCUAACGGCGUUGGCAAUAGAGGAGCUGGCGGCAGUGGAAGAGGUGCAGGAAGACGCAAUAGCGACGACGACGACGAGCUGCCCAUCGAUAGGCCGCGAUUGUCCUUGCCCAUUGACGAAGGCUCUUCAGAUGAUUUACAGCCUCCUCACUCUUCUAUCUUGGAGGAUCCUAACAUGACUAUUCAAUCAGUCGAGCUACCUCGUCGAGCCAUCAGCGAGGGUCCUCCAAGGCGCAGCUUUGGUUAUCUGGGAGACAGCGAUGCCACUCCGUGGGACGACAUAUAUGGGAAUGAUGAUACUAAUCCUGAUCCCUUUGCUUAUCCUCUUGGCAUUGCGCCUCAUGCCCCCACAGACCCUGAGAUUGCAGAUUUACGAUUUCCCCCUGGUGUCGGUCGUGAAAGUGACUUCAGCCUUGACAUGCCAUCUGGUCUGAGCGACAAUGAACAGACCACCUUUUAUAUGAGGUCUCCUGUCGUUGACACCGUUGAAGCUGUCCCUGAGGAUGCUCCUACCCCCGGCAGUGAUGACGUCCCGCUCAUGGAGAGGCGGCAAUCCGAAAGGGACAGGCUGCAACAGCAGGCGGAUGAGGCAGAUGAGCAGCAAGAUGAGCAGCAAGAUGAGCAGCAGGAGGAGCGGCAGGGGGGGCAGCAGGGGGGGGAGCCAAAUAACUACCUAGACGAUGAGUUCCCCGACAUGGGCGACUUUGAGCACGUGCCAGAUCUCGGCGACGCGGAGAUGGACGCUCUCACUCGGUUUGACGCAGAGACUUUUGCGCAGGAUCCCGUGAGGCCUGGGGACGAGUGGAUUGGAUACCCCCCCGGCCGACCCAGGAAGAAGAGAAGAGAGGACGAUGAGGAGAGUGCCCGGGCCGAGGCAGCAGCAGAGGCUCAAGCAGAGGCUCAGGCCCAGGCCCGAGCCCGAGCCCGAGCACGAGCACAAAUCAGAAUCUCGGCGCACAAUAUCCAGUAUCCUCCGGUGGCAAACACUUUUGUGCGACAGGUCGUUCAAAAUGCUGCGCAGAAUUCAGCCCUGGGCCACCAGAGACUGGCCGCAGAUGCUCUAGAGACCUUUUCACGCGCCUCGGACUGGUUCUUCCGACAGCUCGGUGACGACCUCCGUGCGUAUGCCGAACACGCCAGGCGUAGUGUGGUAGAGGAGCGUGACCUUAUCGCUCUAAUGCAUAGACAACGCGUCGUCAACGCUGAACAAUCUCUUUUCCACCUGGCCAGCCACAACCUUCCGCGGGAGCUUCAGCAGCUGCUGAGAAGCAACAACCCCGGGUACCAGCCCGCUUAUCCCGUCGCCCAACAGUCAGGCACUCAUGCUCAGCAACCCCUUGCCAAUGCCCAGCCAGACACCAUCAAUGGUCUUCGCUCGUUUGUUCCAACCCCCCCUUCUCCUUCUCACACGGGUUCGAAGCGCAAGCGAGAUGAGGACGAUGAUGGUGAAUCUGAUGCCGAGUCCUUGGUGUUUCCUGAGGAUGAUGAUUAUUAGGGCCAAGACGGAUGACGAAGAUGACGAGUAGUAGCUCCCUUCUUCGUCCUCGUUUCCCUUUUUCCAAUUUUCCCUUUCCCCUUUCUUUACACCUACAUCGUCUCGCCAUUACAUGUGCCCGCUAGCUCGGACACGGCGUGCAACGUUGGACGGGGGCUUCUUGAGCACCAUGUACAGCAUGAUUGACGUGGCAAAGCUCAGCCCAUACCUAUGAAUUUUGAUUGAUUGAGUUAGCGGCGGAGGGCCCUGAAAUUUUUUUGGCUUGCU